CUGUGCGUGAUGACGUAAGUUAUACGCAGCGCUCUGGCUCUCGGAAGAGAGAGAGGAGACAGGCUAGCUUUCAGAAAACCGGACUAAAGUGAUGCAGAAAACGAGCGAUUAACUUCUGCAUAACCAUGGAGACUGAUGCAAACUCCUUCCAUGUGGAGUUCCCCGAUUUUUCCUGCUCCCUCCUGAAGAAGCUGAACCAGCAGCGGCAGAGAGGGCAGCUGUGUGACCUCAUGGUGUCCCUCGGUGGCCAUCAGUUUCGUGCUCACCGCGCGGUGCUGGCCGCCAGCUCACCGUACUUCUGCGAUCAGGUGCUGCUGAAGAACAGCGCCCGCGUGGUGCUGCCGGACGUCAUGCAUCCGUGCGUUUUCGAGCAGCUUCUCUUGUCGUGCUACACGGGAGCGCUGUCCGUGCCAUCUGGAGAGGUGGUGGCCUUCCUUACGGCCGCGAGCUUCCUGCAAAUGUGGCACGUGGUGGACAAAUGUACUGAGCUUUUAGAAGUGGGGAAGAAGAAAAACAGCUGCAGCGGGCAUUUCGACCAUGGAUCCUCUCCGAGAGGUGACGGUUACGGCACCGACAAUGAGGACACCGGCCAGACUGCAGGUCAAGCGGAAGAUCUAGUUGAUGACGGCCUUUCGAUUCCCACUUUGGGAACUUUGGAAAGCGCCGGCUGCUCGUCUCCAGAUGAUCCGAGCAGCGAGAAUGGGUCGGAUGCAAUGGAAAACCAGUGCUCUAGACCUGCCUACGUGCCGCCGAGCAUAAUGGGACACAGGAAGAAGGUGCAUAUAAAAGCAGAGAGGCAGAAUCGAGAAGCCUGCGGCGGCCUGUUUGGCAGUGAACACACCGUGAACGAUUCGGAUGAAAACUGCCACAAUCCAAACAUAGCUGAGGAUUGUUUUGAAGAGAAGUUGGUGGAGUGUUUGGAUGGAGAUUGCUCCUACGAAGAGCCCUCGGACUUCUACGGGUCCUCCAUGGAGGGCUUUUCACAAGCCGGAGACGAGCUCUCUGACCCACCGUCCAAGGAGAAACUGCAACUAGAAGGAAGUGCAGAUGUUUCUCAAGAUGAGACACCUGUUGACGGUGGCCUGAAGGAGGAAACUUCUCACUCAGGGUUCGCCUCGGUGGUUUAUAAGCUCUAUCCGUGUCAGUGCGGCAAAAGUUUUACGCACAAAAGCCAGAGGGACCGCCACAUGAGCAUGCACCUGGGUCUGAGGCCGUUCGGUUGCGCCGUUUGCGGCAAAAGCUUCAAAAUGAAGCAUCACUUGGUGGGCCACAUGAAGAUCCACACGGGCAUUAAACCCUACGAGUGCAGCCUGUGCUCGAAACGCUUCAUGUGGAGAGACAGCUUCAACCGCCAUACCUCCACUUGUGCAAGAGCCCACCAGACCCGACGGGCCUCCCAGAUCUGCUAGUGGAACAUUUGAGAAACCUCAGCAUGGAAGCAUCCUUUACCAGAAUGCCAAAUUGAGUAUUAUUUUUUUGGCUUUUAUUUUAAACAAGAACCUCAAUUUUGAACAGAGGCCUAUUCUGUUCAUUUGUUCAGGUGUACACUACCGGUCAAAGGUUUGCAAUUAAUACAUUUUUGCAAUGGUUUUAAAAGAAGUCUCUUCUGCUCGCCUGAUCAGGGCUGUUGAUCAGUAAAAACAGCAAUAUUCUGAAAUAUUUUUACAAUUUAAAAGCACUGAUUUAUUCCUGUGAUCAAAGCUGAAUUUUCAGCAUCAUUACUCCAGUCUUCAGUGUCACAU